AUUUUUAAAGAGAAAGAGAGAUAAUAGAUAAACAGAAAGGAUUGCACUUAGGUGCACCUUGAUACAUACGAUUAUGACAAUUCACAAUUUGUAUAUAUUUUCAAGAAAUGGCUUGUUACUAUAUUACGCUGAAUGGAAUAGACUGAAUAAAUCUGGAAUUACAAAAGAAGAGGAAGCAAAAUUAAUGUAUGGAAUGCUAUUCUCUAUAAAGUCUUUUGUAAGUAAAAUAUCACCGUUGGAUCCAAAGGAAGGAUUUCUGUAUUAUAAAACAAGUAAAUAUACUCUACAUUAUUUUGAAACACCAUCUGGCUUAAAGUUCGUUUUAAAUACAGACAAUGCAACACAAAAUGCAAGAGAAUUGUUGCAACAAUUGUACCGUGAGGUAUAUUUGGAAUAUGUUGUAAAGAAUCCUCUUUGUCAAUUGAACGAACCUAUUCAGAGUGAAUUAUUUAAGUUAAAGGUAGAUGAGUUAUUAAAAAAAUCACCAUUAUUUUUAAGCAGAUCAUUAUAGUCAAUGAAAUUAAAAAAUAUACUUGUACAAUUAACGUUGUAAGAUGUUAUUAUUAUGAAAAAGUAAUUUUUUUUUUUUAUAUAUAGUACCUUAUUCAUUUUAUAUAUAUUACGUUAUAACAUAUGAAUUAAACGCAUAAGAAAAUUAAUUGAAAAUAAACUGUGAUUACUCAUUGUA